UAUAACAAACACCUCUUUGUGCACAUUGGACAUGCCAACCACUCUUAUAGCGAUCCAUUGCUGGAGUCAGUGGACAUUCGUCAGAUUUAUGACAAAUUCCCUGAAAAGAAGGGAGGCUUGAAGGAAUUGUUUGGAAAAGGACCCCAGAAUGCCUUCUUCCUAGUAAAAUUUUGGGCGGAUUUAAAUUGCAACAUCCAAGAUGAUACAGGAGCAUUCUAUGGUGUAACUAGUCAAUAUGAAAGUUCAGAAAACAUGACAAUCACCUGUUCCACCAAAGUCUGCUCAUUUGGAAAGCAAGUGGUGGAAAAAGUAGAGACGGAAUAUGCACGGUUCGAGAAUGGUCGGUUUGUGUUUAGAAUAAAUCGCUCCCCAAUGUGUGAAUAUAUGAUCAACUUCAUCCACAAGCUCAAACAUUUACCAGAGAAAUACAUGAUGAACAGUGUGUUGGAAAACUUUACAAUUUUAUUGGUUGUAACAAACAGGGACACUCAAGAAACGCUCCUUUGCAUGGCUUGUGUAUUUGAAGUUUCAAACAGUGAACAUGGUGCACAGCAUCACAUCUACAGGCUUGUAAAGGACUGAACAGUUAUUUAUAGACACCUUUUCAAUAUGACUCCUUAUGAAAAUACAGACUGUCAACCUCAACACUAAGUGGCAGUUUUCUUUGGCUGAGUUGUCCCCAACAUUUUUCUAAACCUCAUUGGAGUGUGUUGAUAAAUAUUGUAGCUGUGAAAUUCUGGUACAGUUGUACAAAUUCUUUCUUAAAACAAAGUGUUCUUUAAAUUUAUAAAGCCACCCUUUUGGAGGGAGACUAUAUUUAAGAAUUUGUGGAAGUUUUAAUUUGUUGUAUUAGAAAAAUGUAAGACAGAGCAAUUGCCAUGGAAAAGCUUAACAGCAGUUUUAAGAAUUUAUGAGGUGUUUUGUCUAAAUUUAAAAAAUCGUGUUUCUAAGGUGCAAGAAUGAAAUGAAUUUUGACUAAGCAUAAAUUAGCACACAAAUUCUUUUUUUUAAAAGUAUCUUCAUAACUGAUUACUGUGGAAAAUACAGACGAAUGUAAAUCACUAAAUUAUUUUAUACUGCAACUCAAUUUCUGUUUGAAGCCAAAUGACAAACUUAGCCUUAAGAAAUGCCUGAUGGGAAUGGAUAGGUCCUUAAAGUAGGCAAAAUAUAUUUUUUUCUUUCCCUCUAUAUUAACUAAUAUUCUAAUUCACUGAAACUUUCAAGCAGGUAUUGCAAAGCGAGAAGACUUCCUUUCUUUUACUAAUUUUAUCUAGUGCAUUAAAAAUAUAAAAUAUUUGUACUAAUAAGGACAUUCGGCUAUUUAAUUAAAAGAUGGCUCGUUUUGCAAUAACUAGACAAAUACUGAGAUUAGAUUUACAGUGUAUGUAAUCCUGUGUGCGUGAUUAUAUAUUAUAUGAAAUGGUUUUGUUUUGUUUUUCUUAACAACUCAAGAAAUUGCAACACCCAAAUUACCAAUUAUAUGGGAGAGGGAUUUGAAAGUGUUAUUUUUUUAAUUACAUUGUCAGAUAAAAGCCACAAUUGUAAUUGGGGGGGAACAAUAGAAGGUCUAAAACAAAAGGUUCAUCUGUUUUAAUGUUUUUAGAAUCCUAAAAAUAUUUGACAUUGACAAAAGACUGAUUAGUUUCCUUAAGCUAGUCUUGCGCAAUGUGAUCCACCAGACGAAAUAUGUAAAAUAUCAGCUAUUUGUGGAAGCCACAUUAAGGACUUAAUAUAUUUCAGAACUGUUUUACACUGACUCAGAAGACUGUUUCACCUAGCUCAGGUUUGCCAGUAGGGAUUGAGAGUUAUUUUCUAGGAUUGCACAAUGGCUGGAGAAUUCUGGGAGUUGAAGUCCACAUAUCUUAAAGUUGCCAAAAUUAAGAAACACUGCUCUAGGAUAUCAAGCAUGUUUUUUUUUUAAAAAAAAUCAUAAAUAAAUAAAUAAAUAAAAAUAAAAGUCAAGACUGGACCUUUUAUAUAUAAUGCCAGCACGACUAUAUCCCUUCACAAAUAAGUAGCUUCUCUGAUUAUUUGAAAUCAAUCCAAGGACUGUCAAACACUUAGCUGCCCAGAAUGCAUAUCUGGUGAGCUACAGGUGGCUUGGCAGAUUCUGUCUUAAAAUUGUCAUGAUGAAUAUAACUUUCCCCAGCCGUAUGCCCCUCCAGAUGGGUUGGACUAUAAUUCUCUGAACAUCCAACCAGCAAUGAUGGUUGAGUUUGUGACCAACUUUUCUUUUGUAGACUUCUCAAAAUAUCUGGCUCAAUCCCAGUUUUUCUUUUCCUGUCCACAAUUGUGUUUGUCAGGAAAAGGAACACCGCGCUCAUGCCAAAGGUUUGAACCGAUUAUUUAUAUAGAGCUUUCUACACAAGUCCUACUCUUAAUCUCUUCAUUUUGGCUCCUGUACUAUAAUUUCCCUUCAUCUGACUGUUCAUCCCCACUGUUUAGAUAUCCAUAGUUCAUAUUGCUGAGGCACACAAUCUGAUUGUACCUCUGUGGGGUUGUUUUUCCUUCAGUAACAUCUUAUGAACAAAGUUUAUGAAAAUCUUCAUAAAAGAGCAAGGCUGAAAUGUGGCUUAGUCAAGAUUAUAUUAAGACAUGCAAUUUAGGAAGAGUACAUGCUCACAAGAUGGUUUGAUACCUGAUUUACACAACUACUCUGAUUUUAAACCAUCUCCUUAUGUGCCAUAAUUCAACUUGGUGGUUUGAAAUGCUGGCACAUGAAAAUAUUAGCCACAAAUAGCAACUAAGUCUGUCUUCGUUUCUUCACUUGUGGAAUCAGAUUUACUUGAGAAUUUUCUAGAAGCAUAGUAGUAGAUAAAUGCUGAAAUGCAAUUUCCAUCUUCACAUAAUUGCACUCCAACAUCUGAGACAAGGACAUAAGUUAUCAUUUUUCCAUCAUGAUGUUAAUUUGCACAUUUUGUCAUUGCACCUCUUGCCCUUUUUUGUGGGUGUUUUUGCACCUGGCAGUCUUGCUUUAUAGCUCUAAAUUUAAGUUUCUUUGGUUUGGGAUUUUUUGAGGCAUUUAGAAUGAAAAUUUAGCCUCCAGCUAUCCAAAGCUGCAAAUUGGGAAAGGUUCCUCAAAGAACUACAGACACUUUCCUCAUAUUGAUUUUACAUUCAUGAUAGAAUGACAAUAGUUGCUGCUCUUAGAGUCACAAUUCCCUACAGUUUUGAAAUUUUGGAGUCACUCUUAGGGUAAAUGCUAUAUAUAACAUUUUAGGCACUGUGUUAAUAAACUUCCACAAUUAAAAACAUUUGCAUCAAAGACUGUGAGGAUGUGUCAAGGUACAGUUCAUCUGGAAGGUUCUCUUUUACUUCAUUGUUGAAGAUUAUGGUGCUUAACAUCUGGAAGGCUGCAUAAUGCUGUGGUCUUCUGUCCAUGAUUGCAUUCACCUGUCUAGUGGAUUGUUGCAGCACAGGGUUCCUCAAACAUUUUCUAACAUUUGCAUUCACAAAAGUAAGAGGGUAGGCCAGCAGUAGAAUGGAAGGCCAAGAAGAACGUUGAAAUGCUUGGUAAACUGAGCAUCUUUUGACUAAUGGAUGUUAAGGCAGAUGAACCUCUUGGGCUGCAAUCAACUGGAUGUCAAUCCUGUUGAACUAAAUAGGACUUACCUCUGGGUAUAUAUGCACACAGGAUUGUGCUGUCAGUCAUUUUGUCUGCGAGCACUAGAACUGAACAUUUAUGGUUGAGUCUCUUCACGUGUUUCUAACACAAGCAAAGUAUUUUAAAUAGAAGCACUGCAUUUAACCUAGCAGAAGGAGCCCUUUAUUUGAAGCACUUGGUGUUACAGGUCGAAAAUUCUCUUUUUCACAGUCGAGUAUUACAAGGCUUUGGGUUUUAGAUUUAUUUAUUAUUUUAGGGGGGGGGAGUUUUAAAACAUUAGGAUCACUUUUCACACGUGAAACAUUGGUUUGCAAAAUAGGCACAGUUUUUCUUCUUCUUCUGAUAAUGCAGCCUGCAACAAAACAUAUGUAAUGACUUUACCGUCUGAAGCAUCCUGAUGUUUCUUGAUGUUUGUUUUUGUAAAAAUGUAUGGGGAACUGUUUGCCUUGUCAGUCACUUAUUUGUGAAUGUAAACGAUUCAUCCCCUGAGCAUGUUUCUUCCUCAAGCCUUAAGUCUGUCAAAGGUUUUGUGUCUGGUCCCCCAAACGCUGCCUGGCAACUGUGAGCUCUUUUGUAAGCUGGAAGCAUCUCUCUUGUUACUGUUAUUUGUGGUAGGAACUUCUUAAUUCCAAGCUGCCAAAGCAUUACAAUAUGCAGUGCCUUAGUGCUAUAGUAGGAGUACCUUCUAGCCUAUCAUGCCAAUCAUAUGUAGUCCAUUAAUUUGGUUUAUUUAUGUAUAUAUAUAUAUAAAAAUAAUCUCCUAGAGGAAACGCUUUUGGUCAAAGAAACCUUCCUACACAAGUCAGUCCCCAUUACCACAUAGUUGGAACCUUUAUACCAAAACAAAACAGUUCUAUAAUUUUCUGCAGAAAGUGAAUUGUAUAAAUAAUGCUGCCUUUUCCAGUUCUCAUGACCAAAUACUUAGUUUUGACUCUGCACUCGUGCAUGCAAGUGCCUUUGGUUUUGAAGUUCCAGCUUAGAAAAGUGCUGCCAUAAUAAUGACAAAUUGUAGAGACCAAAAAUAUUUAGAGAUCACCAUAAUGCCUUUGGUUUAUUGGACACAGUCAAAACUAACAGGCCUCCAUUCUCAAAGAGUAUCUUUUUAUAGUAGCAUGCUUUUUUUCAAAUCACAAGAGUGCAUAAUACUGGAAACUAAUAUCCCUCUUGUUGUUUCUGAGGCUUUGAUAACUAGCAUUAAAAAGAAAAAAAAAAUCAGUAUUUCACCUUUGCCAUGUCUUUCUCCAUUCAAUUUGACAUUUCUCCAUAAUUAGCAGAAAAUUAAGCAAAGGACAAAUGGGAUUUUAUUAAUGUACUAACUAGUUCUGUGAAGAUGACCCUCUUCUCCAUCUUAAAUUUGCACUUAUUUUGUUUACAAACGUGAGUAAUUGGAUGUCUAAAAUUGAAAAGCAUGGAUCAAAAUGUUUCUGAAAUUUAACCCAUGCUUUUGGGCACCAUUUUUUUAAAGAAAUGAAUAAGAAAUAUUGUUAGAAAAUCCUUUAGACUGGUAUCAUUCAGUCUGUUACUGUCACAUUACUAGACAGGCAGCUUCUGUAAUUAAAGGGUGCCAUUUAACACAGUUUGUGAAUUUGAAGAAUAAUGCUUAUUUCAAGAGACAUUGACAACGUUGAUACUGAUGUACUCAUUCAAAAAGGUAUGUGUGCUUAUGUGUAUACAUGCAGACAUACACACAUGAGAAAUCUGAUAGCAGUAAAACCAAAAGUUGGCAGAGAGAAUUGUAGCUAUUAUGGUUUUAAUAGUUUUUUUUUUAAUUAAAAUUGCUGUGCAGCACAAAGUAGUAACAUUUGUGAUUGUUCCCCUUCUCUCUUUCAUUUGAUUCAUAUUGGUUUUCUUGUUCUUCAAAGAUUUGAAUCUCCCUCACUCUCUUCUUGCAUCUAAUCCACUAAGGAUUGCUUGGCCUCAAAAGUAAACUAUAUAUAUUUACAACUAUUAAAUAUAUCUGCUGAGACAGAUAUAAGUAAGGAAGUGGGAGGAGUAUAUUUUAUUGCAAAGGAAUCAUUUUUAUUUAUUGUCUUAUGUAUAAAUUGAGAAAAAAAAAGAAAUGGUACAAGUUGUUGCAGUUGAAACAUAGCUUUUACAAAUGUAAUUUUAUACUUACUUGAAUUCUAGAAUGGUUUAUUUAGGUACUGUACCACUAUGUUGUGUAAUUUGCAAGUUUCAUAUCUAUUUUCUCACUUACUACUAGAGUCCAUUCAGUUUGGCAACUCCCUUGAACUCAAUCUUCUUGUUUUUAUCACCUUCAAGUAACAGAGGCAAUUAAAUGAAACAAAACCAACCAAGAAUAUGAAGGUGAUUUAUAGAAUUUCAAAAGCUGCAAAGUGGUAAAUUUAGUCUUAGUUCAAUUCUUAGGGUAUGCUUCAUUUUGUUUAGUUUAGACAUCAUGCCAAACCAGGAAAGAAAUUUAAUGAUGUUUUGGAAAUGGUUCACACAAUUGAUUAAAUCUUUGUUUGCUUAAUGAUGAUUGUCAUAUAAGCCAUAUUGGCUCGAUUCAUGUUACACAUUGAAGUUUAACAAACAGUUUAUAAAACAUAUUGGCUUGGAUCUACUAAAUAAAAAUUUAUCAUAUUGUAGUGUAUGAACCAGUUUUUAAGUAAUACCAAAUUUUAUGAAAUCUAAUCACAAUUUUCCAAGUACACAGAAUCAGAAUCAUAGAGUGGAAUGUUAUAUGAAUCAAUGUUUUAUUCAUUCUAUACUUGAUAAAACAUCUGCAUUAAUGACCUUUUAUUAAAAAGGUUCUUUACUCAUCCUGCAGGAGCUGUGCAUCGUAGCACUUUCAAAUCUCUGAACAAUCAUAUAAUCAAACAUGGUAACUCAGAAUCAUGAUUUGCCUACUAUAUUUUGUAUCUCAAACCAUAAAUUAAGCUUACCUAGAGUUGGCAGUACAUACAUGAGUAUGAGGCAGCCAUUAUUAAACAUCUGAAUUAAACAUGUUAAAAUAAAAAUAGGUCAAAUCUCAGAAUCCCACAAAUCUCACAGGCUGUUGUUUAUAUUUACAAUAUAAACAAUUGGUUUGAGCAAGUGAGAAGAUUGAGGGACAUUUCAUGUAAUUUCAUUUAUUUUUCGUCAUGAACGAUUUUCUGUUCCCAAAAGGCUGCUCGAAAAAUUUGCUGUUCAGUUUUUGGAUUCUAGGUUACAGGAAACAAACAAAAAACAACAACAUGGUUUUGGCAUGUUUUCUAAACUGACCUUGUCUUUUGACAUUGUAGGAAAAUCAGUUACAAAUCAAUCAACUUUAACACAACGCUAGCAUCAUGUAACAUGUGGUUCUGCUAUAGGAGCGGUCAACAUAUGGGUUGCACCACCUUGUUUGCAGUUCCUCGUGGCUGGGUCUGAAAUGCGGAUCCAGUUUUUGAGGUAGUGGGCUGAAGGGUGAAGACUUGCACCCAAUUCACCCAUUAAAAGUCCUCUAAUCCCUCCGUCAAAUGGGCUCAUUCUUCCCAUGUUGGUGGAAGGGGGUUAAGGCCAGAGCAGACAGUAUGGGCAUCUGCCUAAUACUGAAAAGCAAGGUUGAAAGGUGGGGCCUCACCCACUCUGCCCAUACUUUCUACAGCCCCUGGACAUAAUGCAGAUACAAGGACAUCAACACAGGCUAAAAACUAGCCCAUUUGUGUUCUAUAGGACAGAUAUAAUGUCCUACUGUUCUGUAGGAUAGAUAUACGUGGCAUCCUUGUUCUGUAGGACACAUAUAUGUGAUUUAUAUGCUAAUAUAAGAACACUCCACCAUCUGCAGUAGGUAGUGAUUUAAUUGCCUGCAAUGCUCACACCCCAAUUCCCAUGUAAGGGGAUUGGAGGCAUUAAAGCACCACUCCCUGCCCACCUCCAAGUGGGAUAUCCAUAACAACAUAGAUUGGUUCCCCUUUUUCUCUCUACUCAGGUUAAUUAUUAUUAAUAUUAUCAUUACUAUUAUUAUUUUGGUUACUAUAUGGUAAUCUUGUUUGGCUUUUUUUUUAGUCCCGGCCAUUUCCGUGAAUAGAAAGACUGAAUAAUUGAAAGUACAGUGUAAAUUUGGAUUUGUUGAUCUCCAGUUGAGUAGAUUACUAUGGCUGUGAGAGUUUCCCAUAAGGUUGUUCUGCUGUAUCAAUUCCAAAAUGCACUCACUUCACAAAGGACAUACAUCCUGUUACCUCCUCCCACGGUAGUUUUCUUUUUGUUUCUCAUUUUGUUUUCUUUCUUUUACACGGGCCUCUCAAUCAAGGCUCCUAACUGCAAAAGAAAAGCCUACAAUAUGUGCCUGAAAAAGACAAAAUAAUUUUAUAACAGUUUUUAAAACCUGAAUAGCCUUUAAUUUUUUAAUAUCAGUACAUUUUAUGUAAAAACAAAAGGUUUUCUUUCUGUUUCCUUUUUUUUUUAAUUUGACACGCAUUUGUUCACAUUUGUAAAUGACUUAAUGGAAUUCUCACUUUGUUUCUUUGUGUAAUGUGUAUAAACUGGGUUUGUGACUUAAGCAUAUUCAUAUAUGGUCAGUGGUUAUUUUAAUAUUGUACUGCUGCUGGUUACUUUGGGAAUAGGGGUGUCAAUCUGCCUUGGAUGACUAAGUACCUCUUGCUUAGGCAUUGAGGGAAAGCUCUAUUUUAAAAAGGAAAAUGAACCUCGGCAAAUUGUGUCUUAACAUAUUUUGAAGUUUUCAAAACAACUUUCAAUCCAACCUUUUGGCAGUACAGUAUUCUUGUAUUUGUCGUCUGUGUGUAGGUACUGGUACCUUCUUUGUUUUUAAAAACGUUUUAAGUGUUGGCUUUAAAGUGAAUUUAUCUUUAGUAUGAUAGUAAUAUGAAAAGUAUAGGGUUUGUGUGCAGAGAAUUUUUUUAUAAAAGUGCUUUGUAAAAAAAAUUGUAUUCUAGCUUUCGCGGUACAUAUGUGUGAUACCUUUAAUAUCCAUGACAGUUAAGUGCAAUUAUUUCAUCACUCUAAAAAUGCUAUUUUUGUGUCGGUUACUGCAGGUGUUCAUGUCUUUGCAAAGUGACACAUUUUGAUGCCUUCUUGAUAAAGUGGUAGAUUUUUUUGUAGCUUUCUAGAAAAUUUGUAUUCCUACAGUAUUGAUUGGAAAUAAAGGAAAUAAAAUCAUUGUCAA